CGCUCCCAGCCUCAAUGCUCGCCAUGAGUCCUCCCCUCCCUCGGACUGGCCGCAUAUAAGAGCACUCCGCCACUGAGCCGUGCCAAGACAGGAUAGGUCGGCAUGGAUCGGCCCGAAGGGGACCCAUAUUCAACAGAUGACGAAGAGAGACGGUUCGAAAAGGCGGUGGGUCAUUACAUAGAUCAAGCGCUGGCCAACGGGCACGAGGCUGGAGAGGACGACUCCGUCGCUGGACUGGACAAAGUUUGCGAAACACCACAAGAGCUCUACCAAUACGGGCGAGGCGGCAACAGAGACCAAGAGUGUGAUGACGACCUCUUCGGAGACGAGACGCAAGCUAUAGACCAUACCUCGGAUUCUUCCAAUGAUGCAAUGGAUGAUGGAAGCUGGCAGAUGUCGCCUUCUCCAUCUUCUGGAUAUCAUUCUCCAUCAAUAUCCGCGUCGACGAAUACGCCUCGCGCUUCGACAUCUGCACUGAUGCUUCCGUCCGGCACGGGAACGCCAAUGAUCUAUUCCACAAUGAGAACACAGCCUCAAAAUCCCAAGCCUACUCCCCCGUCGCACUUGCCAAGGCGCCUAUCGGGCAACGACUACAGACGCCUCCGUAUACAAAGGGAAGCAGAAUACAAGGAGGCCCAGGAGAAGCUCAGGAGAGGCGAGAUCACCUCUUCACAGAUGCCAGCUCCCAUCCGGCAACGCAUGAGCAAAAGAAGGAAGGCCUUGCUCAAAGAGCAGAAGGAAUUGGAAGGGGCUGUGUGGAAGGUCAGAUCCGACUCUGAAGCUGUGUCGGCCUGCUCAUCGCCAGCCACAGUCACCCGAGGGGGCAGUCUAGAGGGAGCGCAAUCUGUCGGAGACAACGAGGACGAGGACGACGACGACGACGACGACGUGAGAGCUCUAGCGCUUUCUGCGUGGAACGGCUCUAGACGCACUAGCGCCGCUACCGAGGCCGCGCAGCCUUCGACAGGAGACGCAAGUCCAACUCGAGCAUGUUCGUCCCUUCCUCUGCCACUAUUUCCUAGUCCCGCUGCUGCAGCGGCUAGCCCAUCUGUCACCUCUGCGCCCCGGACUCUGCUCAAUAUAGUUCUCAAGCCUGGGCCAGAGCAGGAGUGGACCGCGGCUGCCGCUGCCAUGCAUCCACUGCCGUUAUCGCCUUGCAGGACACCCGCGUCAGCUCCAUUCAUGGGCAGUGACAAUACCCUCGGCAGAAGCAGAGAGCACUCGGCGAUGGCUGUCAGCGCACACCCGCAGAGUAGCGUCUCUAAUUCCCGUCGAGACUUUGCCUCUGGGAGCGGAAAUCGGCGCAUCACCGCACAACAUCAUAGACAAGAAACAGGUCACCAGCAGAGUCGUAGGGAGCACAACACGGCGGCUAUUUCUGCCUCUCUUCCCACGACGAAAGCGCCCUGUUCUUUGUCAGACAGUAUACCCAAAGCUUCGUCAUUGUCUCCCUCACCGUAUACCGCGCCCUUGCGCCGUGCGCUACAUUCAUCACGCCAGCGGAUUGCUGCACAAGUCCAGACCUAUCAGACAGCCGUGAACAGGCUUAAGCUGGAAGCUGACGUUCUCAGAAAUGCUAGCAGAGUCGUAGACUCGAGAAUCUUGGAUCUGGAGAGAAGGAAAAGGAAGAGGAUCAUGGCGGGAGAGGAGGCGAGAAGGAGCAUGCGAGAUGGAAGCGAUCGAUAGCGGAAAGUGUCCCACAAUGUCACCUUUGCACAACUUAUACCCCUGCACUACUCACUGCCGCCGAGGACCGCGUUUGUCUACUGCAGCAUCCCAUCGUGUUGAUGUCGGUGAAGCACUCCGGGUCUCGUCGCUCAGUGCCCCGGGCACACAAGCAGAGCUGAGGUAGACACCGUAUAUUGCCGCUGUGCCUGGGCCCUGUGCAGUGCCGCACUGGCUUGCCGGAAUGGCGAAAGGUCAAUGUCAAUCCGAGCCAUUUUCUCUCCUGCGCUAUGCACCCGCUUCUGGUGAAACAGAUGACUCGGGGCAGAGCGAGCGAAGAGGUAUAAAAGGAAGCCAGACCUAGCUUGCUUCCCUCCUCUCUGCAGCAAUCGCCUGAUCUUCCGCGUCCUCUCGAAGCGACACCGACCACCGGUAUUUACCAACUAUCAUCAUCCAUCAGCUACAGUUACCUACCAACUACCACAAUCUACCAACUACCACAAUCUACCAACUACCACCAU